AUGGACGUCACCCUCAAUGCCGUACUCAACAUUCGUCAAGCUCCAAGUACCGAUUCGGAUGACGACGAAAAUAUUGGCUCCAGCAGAGAAGGCUCUCCCUCGAUCUCUGGUCUAAUUUCGACCCUCGUCCCUACUCUCCUCAUCGCGGCGGUGUAUUUCGCCAUCUUUCUGAUCGUCCGGACCAAAUUCCCUCGACAAUAUGCUCCCAGAACAUACUUGGGUGCUUUGCGCCCACAAGAACGAACUCCUGCUCCACCAAACACUCUGUUCGGAUGGAUUCCCUUUAUGAGGAAACUGCCCGACGAGUAUGUCCUUCAACACAACUCCCUCGACGGUUACUUCCUAUUGCGAUAUCUCAAGAUGGCGAUUCUCAUCUGCUUUGUUGGAUGCUGUAUUACCUGGCCCGUUCUGUUUCCAGUUAAUGCAACCGGCGGGGGUGGUCAAGAACAACUCAACAUUCUCAGUUUUGCGAACAUCCAGGAUAAGAACAGGUAUUUCGCACACGUUUUCAUCGCAUGGAUAUUCAUCGGCUUCGUUUUCUUCUUGAUCACCAGGGAAAUGAUCUACUACAUCAACUUGCGACAGGCAUAUCUACUGUCCCCACUUUAUGCCUCGCGGAUUUCUUCUCGCACCGUCUUGUUCCAGGCCGUUCCAGAAGAAUAUGCAAACGAAGCCAAGAUUCGUCACAUGUUUGGUGAAGAACUCAAGAACAUCUGGAUCGCGUCGGAUGCAAAAGAAUUGGAAGACAUGGUCGACGAACGUUACAAAAACUGCAUCAAGCUUGAGGCUGCCGAAACAAAGCUGAUCAAGCUUGCCAAUGAUGCACGUCUCAAGAGCCUUAAAGGGAAGAAGCCAGAUACAGAACAGCCUGCUGCUCAUUAUGACGAAGAAUACGGCAGUGAAUCCGGUUCGGCUGCUGCCCGAUGGGUCGGACCCAAGGAUCGACCUACGCAUCGACUGAAAUUCUUGAUUGGCAACAAAGUCGACACUAUUAAUUAUUGUCGUGAGGAAAUUGCCAGAUUAAAUCCGUUGAUCGAGGCCGAACAAAACAAAUAUCGUUCUGGAGACUCAAAACCCAAGAAUGCGGUGUUUGUCGAAUUUUGGAAGCAGACUCAAGCACAGAGUGCCUUUCAAAUGGUAGCCCACCAUCAACCGUUACACAUGUCGCCUCGCGUCAUUGGCCUAAGCCCCGAAGAGAUCGUCUGGUCAAAUAUGGGUAUUACCUGGAGGACUCUCACCGUUCGUAAUAUCUUCUCUCUGGCAUUUGUGACGGCCAUGAUCGUUUUUUGGUCCAUCCCUGUGGCAGUUGUUGGCUCCAUCUCUCAAAUCUCCUACCUGACGGAAGUCGUACCAUUCUUGAGCUUUAUCAACAAUUGCCCCGAUGUCAUUUUGGGUGUCAUCACCAAUUUGUUACCCGUCGUAAUGCUGUCGAUCCUCAUGUCUUUGGUGCCCGUCAUCAUGAGAUUUAUGGGUAAAGUUGCCGGGAAGCCUACACUCUCUCUUAUCGAACUCCGUUGCCACGAAUCCUACUUCUGGUUCCAACUGAUUCAGGUAUUUUUGGUCACCACCAUGACCUCUGCAGCCAGUGCAGCGGUGCCGCAAAUCAUUGAGAAUCCAGGUUCGGUGACAACACUGUUGGCACAGAAUUUGCCACUCGCUUCCAACUUCUACAUCUCUUACUUUAUUCUUCAAGGCUUGGUGUUUUCUUCCGGAGAAUUGUUGCGAAUUGCAGGAUUGGUCUUGUUCAACGUGAUGUCGAGCAUACUUGACAAAACUCCACGAAAGAUGUACAAUCGGUGGUCUAGCUUGUCCUCUGUCGGAUGGGGUAACGUCUUUCCGGUACUUGAAAUGAUGACGGUGAUUUCAAUCACGUAUGCACCAAUCGCUCCUCUUAUGCUGGGAUUCGCGACCAUCGGCCUCGGACUCUUUUAUUUCGCAUAUCGAUACAACCUUCUCUUCGUCGACAGUUCCGUCAUCGAUACCAAAGGUCUCGUCUACGCAAAGGCCCUGCAGCAUACUCUUAUCGGCUGCUAUCUGGCGGCCAUUUGCCUCAUCGGUCUAUUUGGUAUUCGAGCCGCUCCGGCGCCCUUGGUGUUGAUGGUGGUAUUCCUGGUGUUCAUGGCCCUAUACCAUAUUUCUCUCUCUUCAGCCGUCGCACCUCUUCUACACUAUCUCCCCCGAUCUCUCGAAGCCGAAGAAACUGCACUUCUCCAGACAGAAUCGGCCGUCACGACAGCGGCCGAUCCUCGGCGUGAUGCUAUGCGUGAAAAGAACGCCCUGGAAGAACUCAGAAAGGUAAAGGAGACAAUGUUGCCUACGGAAGGCAACAAGAAGGUGUCUAUGUUCAAACGAUUCCUGCGACCGGAUAUUUACGCCAGCUACACGGUGAUGCGAAAGCUCGUACCCCAGGAUUUUGCAGAGAUCAGAUAUUCACCUGAAGUUGCGAGGGAUGCGUAUCAAGAUCCUGCUGUCAACGCGGUGGCACCAUUGCUUUGGGUCCCGAGAGACGAAAUGGGCGUGUCGAGACAGGAAUGCUUGCACACGAAUAAAGUCACCCCGAUGACGGACGAAGGCGCCACGUUCGAUGAGAAAGGGAAGAUCAUCUGGCUACAGGAGGAGCUGGGUGGACGUGCGCCCAUCUUUGAAGAGAAGAUUUAUUACUAA